AUGUCAUCAAUUCGCAAAGUUAAUGCUGAUUCAUCAUCAGAAAGACCGCCAAGUGGUCCGAAUGGCAGUGCUGAUGGGGAAUCACAAGAUCUUAAUAAGAUUUCCGAGCUUCAACGUACUAAUCAAGAAUUAGGACAACAGAAUGACCAGCUAUCAGCUGCAUUAAUUAUUGCAUCACAAACCAAUCAGAAACUAGGAAAGGAUUUAAAUGAUACUAACAUGCAAGUUGCAAAGGCAGAACACGAAUGUCGAAAACUUCAUGCAGAAAUCAAACAACUAUCAUCCGAAAUACAAGCAUAUGAUAAUCAGUCUAACGAAAUCAAGGCAAAACUUAAAAAUGAUCCUGAGUUUUACCAACAAUUGAAAAAAUAUCAGGCGUUACAACAAGCAAGGGAUAAAGCACAGAAGAAUUUAGAUCAAAUACAAAAGGUUCUCUGCGAUCCUAAAGAUGCAAUGCUUGACGAAGCUCUCCUUAAUAUGACAAUUCGUGUGAAAACUCUUUACAGCUACAACUACGAGUUAACUGUUCUCAUAUCUAUUCUUUACAAGCUUUUGGGAAAUAACUAUGACCCACAACAAGCUGCUCUUGAUAUACAAAAUCUUGGAGAAAUGAAUCAAAUUCUCAAAGAGUCAAUUAUUAUGGAGAAGAAUUUACAACCAGUAGAUAACUCUCAGCAAGGAGAAUUCGAUGAACCUGCUGAUGAUGAAGAUAAUCCAGAAACUCCAUCAGAAUCUUACAGAAAUGCAAAACCUCAAAUGCCAGAAGGAACCCCAACAGGAGGACGUCAUAAAUCAACAUCAAGAAACCAAAGCAGUCGUCAGGAAUCAUUAACUCCAGCACAACAAGAAGAUGGAAUUAAUAUCAUCAAACAAAUCUUCAAAACAAUAUCUCCAGAAGCAGAGAUGAUCGACCAAGGAAAGAAUAAAGCAAAUCCAACUGAUCAACAACAAAAUCAGGAUCAAAAAGAUUUGAAAUCUGAAGAAAAAACACCACAAGACCAGCAAAAGUCUGAUGUUCAGAAGAAAACAAGUGCUACAUCAAGUAAGUCAAGGCUUCCUUCCCUCAAACCUUCGAAUUCUCAAAAGAAUGAUGAGAAUAAAAAUAAUGAACCAACAAGAAUUGAAGAACCAGACCAAGAUAAGGCUGAUAAUAAGUUAGACAAUCAGCAGAAAGAGAAAUCAGCUACUGCUUCCUCUAAACAAUUGGAAUCAAAUAAUAAUGAUGACGAUAAGGCAAGAGAAUCACAAAAGGAGAUUCCAGGAGGACUUUCUGCUAUAUUAGGAGCAACUCUCGCUCAUGGAGCUGAUAAACCCGAUAAAAACAACAAAGAUGAUCAUCUUAAUUCAGACAAAAAAGAUCAAAAUAAGGAAGAAAUUUCAUCGAAAGAUGCAGAAAAGGAUGGAUCUCAGAAGAAAGAUCAAGAAAAAGAUGGUAAAUCAGAAGGAAAAGAUAAAGAUAAGGAUAAAGAUACAAUUAAUCCACUUUCAGCAAUUGGUUCCGGACUUGUCAAAGAUCAAAACAACGAAAAAGAAACAUCAACUAAAUCUCAAGCAGAAGACAAACCAGGAGACAAUAACAAUGUUGGCAAUAACAACAACAACAAUGAUAAAGAUGAUGAUAAACAACAAUCUAAAGAUGACAAAGUCAAUCAAGAAAAGCAAGAUAAGCAAGAUCAAGAUUCAUCUAAAUUAGACAUGAAAGGUAUUGUUAUUGGUGCAGUUGAUAAUCAAGAUAAAGAUAAAGAUAAAGAAGAAAACAAAGAAGAUAAAGACAAAGACAAAGAUAAAUCUAAAGAUGACAAAGCAGCAAAUAAAUCAUCUAAAGAUUUAGCAGAACAAUCUAAAUCUGGAGAUAAAGACAACGAUCAAUCUAAAUCAGGAAAUGCUGAUGGAUCAAAAUCUACUGAUUCUAAUAAAGAUAAAGAAGAACAAGAUAAGAACAAAGAUGAAAAGGGAACACUUGGCAUCAAAGAUUCUAUUUCAGACAAGCUCACUGGAAAAGAUGGAAAAGAUUCAAAAGAAGGAAAAGAAGGUGAAAAAGCAGAAUCUAAAGGAGACAAAGAUCAAUCACAGAAAUCAUCUAAAGAUCUCAAAGGUGUCGAAAAUAACGAAGAUGCAAAUAAUGAUAAAUCAGCAGAUAAAUAUAAAGAAAAAGAUAAAGAAAAGAAGACAGAUGAGGAAACUAAACUUAAUCUUUCUGGUGCCCUUGGACAAGGCAUUAUCAAAGAUAAGUCAACUGAUGAUAAGAACGACAACGAAAACAAAGAUAAAUCAGAAGCUGCUAAAGCAUCUAAACAAGAUAAAGAAGGUAAAUCAUCUGACAAAUGCAAAGAUAAACUUUCAGAAUCAAACAAAGAUAAAGAAAAUUCAAGAGAUAAGAAAGAAGGCGAAGAUUCUAAGUCAGAAAACGUUGAUGGCGAUAAAUCAGAAACAGGUAAAUUAGGACUUGGUUCAGUCAUCGCAGGCGGUCUCAUCAAAGACAAAGAUAAUGAAAAUGAAAAAGACAAAGAAUCCGAAAACAAGAAAGAUUCAGAACAAAAACAAGAUAAAGACAAAGUUUCUGGCUCAUCUAAAGAUUUAGCUGCUGACAAAGACAAAUUGAAUGAUAAAGAACAAGACAAAGAGAAGUCAUCAGCUGCAGAUAAAUCCAAAGAUGGCAAACAAACAGAUGACAAACUUAAUCUUCGUGAUGCAGUUAAAGCUGAUCUUGUCAAAGAUAAAGAAAACAAAGAAGAUGAAGCUAACAAAGGUAAAGAUAAUACAAAAGAAGAUGACAAAGCUAAUAAAGAUGAAAAAGAAGGAGAAGCAUCAAAAGAUAAAUCUAAAGAUGAAGACAAGACAAAGUUUGGACUUAAAGACUCAGUUGAUUCAGCACUUGCAGAUAAAGAAAAAGAAUCAAAAGAUGGAAAGAAAGAUGAAGCAAACAAAUCAUCAAAAGAUCUUGCUAAAUCUGAUGAAAACAAAGAUAAAGAAGAUACAAAACUUGGAAUCAAAGAUGCACAUAGAAAAGGACUUGUUGCAACAGACAAAGAUGAAGAAAAUAAGUCAUCAAAAGCAGAAGAUGAAAAAGCAAACAAAUCUAACAAAGAUUUAUCUAAAGCAGAUGAAUCUAAAGAUGCUGCAAACAAAUCAUCAAAAGACAUCGCCAAAUCUGGUGAAAACAAAGAAGAUGAAAAGAAGGAUGAUUUAAGUCUCAAAGGAGCUAUUGGACAAGGUUUAAUCAAAGAUCAGAACAAGGAUGAUGCAACUAAAUCAUCAAAAGAUCUUUCUAAAGAAGAUGAAAAAUCAAAAGAUCAAAACAAAGAAGAAGCAAACAAAUCUUCAAAGGAUCUUAAUAAAGAUGAAGAUAAAGCUAAUAAAUCAUCUAAAGACAUAGGAAAAGAUGAUGAAAAAGCAAAUAAGUCUUCUAAAGAUAUCAAUAAAGAUGAUGAUGAAAAGAAAGAAAACUUAAGCAUCAAAGGAGCUCUCGGAGAAGGUUUAGUUAAAGACCAAAACAAAGAUGAAGCAAACAAGUCAUCAAAGGAUCUCAAUAAAGAAGAAGCAGACAAAUCUUCCAAAGAUGAUGCCAAUAAAUCUUCUAAAGAUAUUGGUAAAGAAGAUGAAAAAACAAAUAAAUCAUCAAAGGAUCUCAAUAAAGAAGAUGCAAACAAGUCUUCGAAAGAUUUGAAUAAAGAAGAAGAUAAAACUAAAGAUGCUGAAAAACUCGCAGUUCUUGGAGCAGUUGCUGCACUUGUUAAAGAUGGAAAUGAAUCAAAGAAAGAUAAUGAAAACAAGGAAGAAAAAGGAAAAGCAGAUGAAAAAUCCAAUGAUAAACAAAAAGAUGAUGAAGAAAAUAAAGAUGAAAAAGAAAAUGCUUCACUUAAAGAUAUCAUUGGUGGAAAGCUUGUUUCUAAAGAUGGCGAAAAAGAUAAAGAUAAAUCUGAACAAAAAUCUGCCGAAGAUGAAAAGAACAAAUUAAAUAAUGAAAAUGAUUCAAAAGAUAAAGAUGCAGAAAAGGAUGGAUCUCAGAAGAAAGAUCAAGAAAAAGAUGGUAAAUCAGAAGGAAAAGAUAAAGAUAAGGAUAAAGAUACAAUUAAUCCACUUUCAGCAAUUGGUUCCGGACUUGUCAAAGAUCAAAACAACGAAAAAGAAACAUCAACUAAAUCUCAAGCAGAAGACAAACCAGGAGACAAUAACAAUGUUGGCAAUAACAACAACAACAAUGAUAAAGAUGAUGAUAAACAACAAUCUAAAGAUGACAAAGUCAAUCAAGAAAAGCAAGAUAAGCAAGAUCAAGAUUCAUCUAAAUUAGACAUGAAAGGUAUUGUUAUUGGUGCAGUUGAUAAUCAAGAUAAAGAUAAAGAUAAAGAUAAAGAUAAAGAUAAAGAUAAAGAUAAAGAUGACAAAGCAGCAAAUAAAUCAUCUAAAGAUUUAGCAGAACAAUCUAAAUCUGGAGAUAAAGACAACGAUCAAUCUAAAUCAGGAAAUGCUGAUGGAUCAAAAUCUACUGAUUCUAAUAAAGAUAAAGAAGAACAAGAUAAGAACAAAGAUGAAAAGGGAACACUUGGCAUCAAAGAUUCUAUUUCAGACAAGCUCACUGGAAAAGAUGGAAAAGAUUCAAAAGAAGGAAAAGAAGGUGAAAAAGCAGAAUCUAAAGGAGACAAAGAUCAAUCACAGAAAUCAUCUAAAGAUCUCAAAAGUGUCGAAAAUAACGAAGAUGCAAAUAAUGAUAAAUCAGCAGAUAAAUAUAAAGAAAAAGAUAAAGAAAAGAAGACAGAUGAGGAAACUAAACUUAAUCUUUCUGGUGCCCUUGGACAAGGCAUUAUCAAAGAUAAGUCAACUGAUGAUAAGAACGACAACGAAAACAAAGAUAAAUCAGAAGCUGCUAAAGCAUCUAAACAAGAUAAAGAAGGUAAAUCAUCUGACAAAUGCAAAGAUAAACUUUCAGAAUCAAACAAAGAUAAAGAAAAUUCAAGAGAUAAGAAAGAAGGCGAAGAUUCUAAGUCAGAAAACGUUGAUGGCGAUAAAUCAGAAACAGGUAAAUUAGGACUUGGUUCAGUCAUCGCAGGCGGUCUCAUCAAAGACAAAGAUAAUGAAAAUGAAAAAGACAAAGAAUCCGAAAACAAGAAAGAUUCAGAACAAAAACAAGAUAAAGACAAAGUUUCUGGCUCAUCUAAAGAUUUAGCUGCUGACAAAGACAAAUUGAAUGAUAAAGAACAAGACAAAGAGAAGUCAUCAGCUGCAGAUAAAUCCAAAGAUGGCAAACAAACAGAUGACAAACUUAAUCUUCGUGAUGCAGUUAAAGCUGAUCUUGUCAAAGAUAAAGAAAACAAAGAAGAUGAAGCUAACAAAGUGAAUGCUGAAAACAACGAAGGCAAGAAAGAUGGAGAAUCAUCGAAAGAUAAAGAAAGUGAUAAAGAUAAAUCAAAUCUUGGUAUUGGUGGAACAAUUUCUGCAGUUCUUGUCAAAGACAAAGAUUCUAAACCAGAAAAUGUAGAAAACGCUGAAAACCAAGAAAACAACAAAGGAAAUAAUGAAAACGAUCUCAAUAUUCGUGACAAACUUGGAAACUUAAACAAUGAAGAUAAAAACAAUGCAAAUGAAAACAAAGAAGAUGAAGAGAAGAACAAUGCAAAUCCAGAAGAACCAAAGAAUGAUUCGAGAAGAAGGAGAAGACGUCAUGCAAGAUCAUCAAAUGCAAAAGAAGAAGAAAAUCAAGGAGAUCCUUCCAAACAAGAAUCAAAAGAUUCAGAAACAGCAAGAAGACAAAAAGAAAACAACAACAAUGUCCAAGAAAAAGAGCCAGAUCAAAAAGAUACCGCCAGACGUCGUCGAAGGAAAGAUAAAAGCCAGAACAACACAGGAGAUCCAUCAUUCAACGAACUCAACAACAUUGUUGAUGAAAAAGGACAUCACCGAGUUAAAAUCCGAGUUCCAAAAGAGAAUGCUAAACCAGGAGAACCAGAUCAUGAAUAUGAAUACGAUUUCUCAGAUGGCGAACCACAUGAAUAUGAUUAUAUCUCAUACAGCGAAGAUGAUGAACAAGACAACAAGAAACCAGAAGAUAAAGUUGUUUUAGACAAGAAUGGAAAAGCAGUUUUAGACAAAAACGGAACACCAUUGACCGAAAGAGAUGGCAAACCAAUUUUAGCCAUCAAUUCUAAACCUAUUUACGACAAAGAUGGCAAACUUUUGACAGAAAACAAAGGAAAACCAUUACUUGAUAAAGAUGGCUCCAUCAUUUACGACAAGAAUGGCAAGCCAAUCCUCGAAACAGACUUGAAACCAAUGACAGACACAAGAGGACGUCCAAUGCUUUCGGAAGGCAGCCAAGUCUACGGAUUGAACGGAAAACCAAUCAAUUGCAAGGAUGGAAAACCAGUUACAGAACGUAAUUUGAGGAAACUUAAUGAUAAAGAUGGAAAACCAAUCACAGACAAAGACAACAAACCGAUCUUGGAAAGAGAUGUCAAAUUGAUGACCGACAAAACAGGAAAACCAGUUUUCGACAAGAAAGGAAAACAAUUGUUACAAGACAAGAAUGGAAAACAAAUCUUAUCUAAAGUUGAUGGCCAACCAUUAACAAAAGAAGAUUUGAAUAACAAACCAUUCGAAACACCAAAGAAGAAGAACAGGAAACGAAGGCGAGUUCGUGUUUUAUAUGUUGAUGAUCCUAAUGCAAACGAAUAUGAUUUUGAUUAUGAUUACGAAUUUGUUUCGGAUGACGAACUCGCACAUCAAUUAUUGUUGAACGAGACACCGACAAAAGGAGGAAAUGAAAGUCCAACAGUCACUCCUAAGAAGAGGAGGAAGAGCCAUGCAGUCCAAAGUCCAUCAACACCAUUAGGAACAUCAGAUCCAGUUUUCUCCGCAUCUAAAGAUGAUACUAACGACGCAUUUGAUGUCAGUGAAACAGAAAUUGCUGCCAAUCUUAGACGGAGAAAUCCAUUGGCCGAAUUAAUUCCACAAUUGAGAAAGCAAGCAGGUGACGAGAGUGAAGAAAGUUUGAAAGCAAGACACGAAGAACUUCAAAAGCAGAUCAAAGCAAAAGUCAAGAAAUCUAACGACUUAAGAAACCAAGUUGCUAAAUUACAAGCUCCUGCGAAGAAGAAACCAAAACCAGUUCUCUCAUUCAGUCGAACUAACUCAGUCUCCAUCGAUCCAGGGAAAGCAGUUUCCCAAGUCAAGAAGAAUGUCGACAACAACAGACGAGAUUUGUCUAUGGUUACAGAUGUCCGAGGCACAGACAUUGACAACGAUGAUAAACAACUUCAGCGACAAAUUGCAGAGUUGGAAGGUCUGCGAAGACAACAAGAAGAAAUUGAAAAUGUUCGUAAACAGAUGCAAGAUGUUGAUGCUCAGAUCAGAGAAGCAGCCGAUGUCAAACUUCAGAAAGAAGAAAACAUCCGAAAACUUCAAUCCGAGUUGCAAUCAUUGGCCGGCGAGAUUGAGAAAUACGAAGAAAACAACAAGAAAGAAGUCGAAAUCACUAAUCAAAGAUCACUCGAACUGCAAGAAGUCAACAGAAGAUACAAUGAAAAGAAAGCAGAUUACGACCGAUUGCAGAAAGAAAUCUCUAUCAGACAGAAUCACAUCAAAGAUAUGCAACAAUAUCAAGUGAGAAUCGAGAAACAACUUGCUGAUCUUUCAGCUCGUGUCCGUCCGGAAAUCAGAACAUUGCUUGAUGAUGUCAAGAACUCUAAGAUAUUGCUUGACCAGACACAAGCACAAGUCAACGAGAAGAACUCCGAAGUCUUGAAGAAGAGGAAAGAAUUGUCAGAGAUGCAAGAUUUAGAAGAAAUGAAGAGUUUCCGAGAACUUAAAUUGCAGAAAUCUGCAUACGAGCGAAGAGCUAAGAAGUGGCAGAUUCUUAAAGACUCUCCAGAACAGCUGCAGCAGAUUGAAGCAUACUCAGUUGCGAAUGCACAAAAGAGAGAAACCGCACUUCAGCAACUUAGAGCAUCGGAAGAAGAAUUAAUGAAGAAACAAGAAGAGAAAUCCGAUCUAGAACAAUACGCCAAAUUACUUGAAGACAUGCUUACGAAACACAGAUAA